AUGAAGGCCCCAGCAAUUGAUCAGCUCGUCUACGCGUGCAUGUUCCCCAAGCCGAAAGCCACCGACCCCCAAAACUUCCAAGGACUCCUUCAACGCCAGCUCGUUCCUGAAGUCCGUCUCGAGACGCAAGCAUUCUAUGGACAUCUCUCCUCGCAAGAAGCUAAGUAUCCCGGCCUCGACUACUCGUAUCAACCGCAUCGGGUUCGCCUCUCGCGUUACACCUGGCACCGGAGACUCUUCCGCGCAUUCGACAACUUGGGCCUCACGAAGUCGGAGAUCGCCAGCUUGACCAAAUGGGAGGGUACGCGUUGGGCAAAGGAGAGGUUUGAGCGAGAACAGGGAAUUGUUAUUCGGGAUACUACUAGCGAUGGUAUCGAACCCUGGGUUCCCCCUGAAAUGCGAGUCCCAGCGGCUCCUCAAGCACAACGUGCCGAUGUGGAGGACAUGGAAGAUAUUCAGGAGGCUGCAGAGACUGAGGGGCACGACAAUGAAAUGGAUGAGGACGGUGAUGAUUCGGACGUAGAGAUCCAGAGCGUGGGUGUUGAGCUGAACGAGCGAUUGCGGGCUGCUGUUGCGCAACGAGAAGCAGGCAAUGUGGCUACCGUUAUGGAUGAGGAAUGGGAGCAAUGGCUGAAGGAAGCCGUUGAGGCUGGUGGUCUACCAUUCCUCUCCUCAGAUCUCUCCCCAGACGCCAAUAUUCCGGGCACGAGACCUGCCACAGAAAGCCCAGCCAUGCACCCCAGGUUACUGAAUGCGGCGAGAUUGGGCCAAUGGCAACAGAUUCCCGAUUUCCUGCACAACAUUGUUCGUCAAAACAUCGAGGCCAAUAACCGUCGUACACAAGAUGCAGCAGAAGACUCGACACAAGAAUGGUAUCAAGACUCGACAAUCACUUCGCAGAGCAAUUCUCGCGGCGUCCCAUGCCUGCAAGCUCCACCACCACUCCAAAUCAGAGCGUCAGAUUAA